AUGCCAAUGCCAAAGAGCUUGCCGCUCAGUAAUGGGAGCGAAAUCCCUGGCAUCGGUCUCGCCAUCAUUAUUAUUUUGUUUAUCGAGAUCAAUGAGAUGCUUCCUAUCAUACUGAUCAGAUCAGGCACGUGGGCCGCCCCCAAGGGCGAAGUCGAAAACGCUGUAGCUACCGCUCUACUCGAGGGAUAUAGGCACAUCGAUUGCGCACUCAUCUACAAAAACGAGAUUGAAGUGGCCGAGGGCAUCAGACGCUCUGGUAUUCCACGCAAGGAUAUUUUCAUAACCUCUAAGCUGUGGAAUGCAUUUCAUUCAAAUAUAGCCGAGAGUCUGCGCAGGUCACUUGAAAACCUGGGUGUUGACUAUUUGGAUCUUUACCUUGUGCACUGGCCUGUACGCCUCAUUUCGGUAUUCUCCCAAACGCAACCGCCAUCGUUAAGACACUUGAAUAACGAAUUUUCCGAGCUUCUUCCCAUAAAUCCGGAUGGGACCAGAGCUGUGGACCGUGAUUGGGAUGUUCGUCGCACAUGGGCUCAGAUGGAAGAUACCCUCGACUCCGGCAAAGUAAAGGCUAUUGGAGUCUGUAACUGGUCCGUCCCUUAUCUCGAGGAACUCAAGAAGGUUUGGCGUCAUAAACCUUCCGUCAAUCAAGUUGAGCUCCAUCCCUACCUCCCACAGCUCGAUCUUGUGAACUGGUGUAAGAAAGAGGGCAUCUUGGUGGAGGCAUAUUCGCCUUUGGGUGGCCCUGGUGCCCCGUUAUUGGCAGACACCGACGUCGCCGCAAUAUCCGAGAAGCACCAAGUUCCCCCUGCCAAUGUUCUGAUCUCUUACCAUAUCAGGCGGGGAAUUGUGCCUCUCGUUAAAAGUGUUUCGCCCAAGCGCCUAAAGACAAAUUUACAAGUCAUAGGUCUUGACGCCGAUGAUAUGAAGAAGCUUGAUCAAGUCCACAAGCAGCCAGGGAAACAUGUGCGGUACCAGACACCACUUUGGGGCUCUGAUUUAGGCUUCCGGGAUUGGUAUGGAUAUGAAGCCAAUAAAUCUGGACCAAAUAUCCAACACAUUCAAUAA